AUGUCGGUCUUUAUCAAUAGCUUGGUGGAAAAGACCACUGCCGGGCACCUAUGCACUGCAUUCGGGAUAAAACUAAAUCGGAAUCCCCAGAUAGUCCAACUUGCUAAAAAUGCCGGGUUUGAUAGCCUGUUCAUCGAUCUGGAGCACUCGACAUUGUCCAUUGAUGAUGCCAGUCAGCUAUGCUGUGCUGGCCUUCUGGGCGAAAUAACGCCAUUUGUCCGAGUUCCGUAUCAAUGUGGCAAUGGCUUUGUGCAGAAAGUUCUUGACGGCGGUGCGAUGGGUGUUAUCUUCCCCCACAUCCACUCGGCGGAACAUGCAAGGAGGGCUGUGAACACUUCAAAGUAUCCACCCAUGGGCAGUCGGUCGAUGACUGGACAAUUGCCCUUCUUUUCGCUGAAAACGACUCCAACAGGUCAAGUUAUCGAUGAGAGCAAUUCAAUCGCUUCGUCUGUGAUUCUCAUGAUCGAAACCAAAGAUGCGAUUGACAGUGUCGAUGAAAUUGCUGCUGUGGAUGGAGCUGAUGUACUCCUAGUCGGUUCCAAUGAUCUGGCAAUCGACCUUGGCAUACCAGGCGGGUUUCAUACUCCGAUAUUUCGCUCGGCCUUGGAAAGAAUCAGUCGAGCAUGUCGACAGCAUGGCAAAAUCAUGGGACUGGCUGGCAUAUAUGACAAUUAUCAAAUUCAGAACUGGGCUAUUAACACGCUUGGGGUCCGAUUUAUGCUGUGUCAACAGGAUUCGGGUCUCAUUGCCAGUGGGGCAGUUGAGUGUCUCCGGAAAUUGCCCAGCGUUGAAAAAAGCCUCGAUGUAUAG